AUGCAUGCACUACCCUCACGGCAGAAGAGGGAUGCCUCGAGCGCGAAAGACAGUCUGCAUCUCAACAUGGACGUCCCCCAUCACCACCGUGAGUUGAAUGUCGUGUUCGCCUCGGUCGGAUGCACAGAUGCAAAGAUUGUCAACCACCUGUUGCCACUGAUCGCAGAUCUGCCCGACGUAUCUGUACGCGCAGUCCUCGACACAGCCUUCCGAGGGCAGGACUUCAUUCGAGCAUCGUCGUCACGUCUGACCAUGCCGAAUGCGAUACGACACUCUCCCGCGCGGAACGUCGCCGAGAUCGAGCAAGAGGCAGCUGAAAUAUGCGAAUGGGCAGACCUGCUGGUGUUGGCGCCCUUGGAUGCGAACAACUUGGCCAAGAUGCUGCAUGGACAUACGGAUAAUCUGUUGCUAGAGAUUGUGCGAAGUUGGAAUGUGUCAAAAAAGAUAUUAUUGUUACCGGGCAUGUCCUCACUCAUGUGGGAGAAUCCUAUGACCAAGAAACAGCUCACCAAGAUACGCAGGAAAUGGAACUGGGUACAGGUCAUGCAGCCGUUGCUUUGGACAUUUGUGGACGAGCAGAAGAAAGUGAGCUCGUGGGAUGCUACCGACGAUCUAGUGGAUGCCAUACGGAACCAAGUCGAUCUUCUGAACAUCGGUCAAGGACUGGACCUUUCUCCAACUCAUCGCACGGCCUUCAGCUCCUCGUCAAAGAAGUCACGCUGCCUUAUGCCACCAGAACUCUGGACUAUGAUCUUCGACUUCACAAGCGACUGGGAAUUGUCACAGACUAUGCAUGUCUACACCAACCAACCAGUACCAACGGAAUGGACCUCCCACAUGAGUGCACAAGGUCCGCAGAACUACAUGGAGGCCCUCGAGCUCACCAUUUUGCGCGGUAAUCUAGCCGAUGUAAAACACUUUAUAGCCACACAUAGUGUGCCGCGAUGGCUCUCCAAGUUGUGUAUCAAGCUCAUCAUGCGCUUUGCCAUGACUCCACUGCUGGCUCAUCUCGAGGCCAACCAUAGGGACCUGUUCUGGGCCACUUUUGGACACACAUUCCUGCCCGACAAGGCAUCUUCUGUCUUUGGACGGACCGAGAUUCUGGAUUUCUGGCGGACCUCACCUUCGUUUCUCACCAAAGAGUACAAUGCUGAAGCUCUCGACGGCGCAUCUCGUGCAGGAUUCGUGAACAUACUGGAGUGGUGGCAGCAUUCUGGUUUGCCGUUGAAGUUCACCGAAGCGGCGCUAGAACAAGCUAGUGGCCAGGGACACAUCCAAGUCCUCGAGUGGUGGAAGGCACAGUCCACAACCGUGGACGACACCAAAGCAAACGUUGAUUCCUCCAAGGUGCGCCUGAAGCCUGGCAAGAGCAUCUGCUAUGCGACGCAGAAUGGGCAUACAGAGGUGAUACGCUGGUGGCUUCAGUCUGGCGUAGCUUUCCCGCACGAGGAUACUGUUGCCAAACUCGCUAGCACGCAUGGUCAUGUCGACAUUCUGCAGGUGUGGCAUGAGCUCAAGGGAUCAAAGAUUAUCUUUGACAACCAAGUCCUGGUAGGAGCCACAAAGAGCGGGUACGUCGAUGUCCUCGAGUGGUGGAAGAAGUCGGGGUUGAAGGUCGAGUACAAGACAUGUGACGUGGAGGAAGCACUUGAGGAUGGUGACGAGGGCGAGCGUGGCAUGGCAGUCCGCAGAUGGUGGGCACGGAACGGCCUCAAUCUGGGGGUAGGGACGAGUGAGUGGAUGAAGACGAAGGUCCUGGAUUCUUGA